GUUUUCCUCAAGUUGUUCCAAACAGACAGCAGUUCUUUAAAUCAGAGCCUAUCACUAUCAGCUGUGAAGGGCUAAAUGGACUGACUGGAUGGAGAGUGAUGAAAAAGAUAAAUGGAGAUGUUAGAACAUGUGCUUCAACCUGGGAAGCAUCGACUGGACCUUGCAAAAUUAGUAAUGCAUAUCCAACAACUGACAGCGGAGAAUACUGGUGUGAAAUGGGAGGAAUACAAAAAAGCAACUCCGUCAAUGUCACUGUAACUGAUUUAGAGACUCAUGUGAUCCUGGAGAUUCCCGCCCAACCUGUGAUGCAGGGAGAAAACGUGACCUUGCAUUGUAGAAAAAAGGAUGCAAACUCCAACUACACUGCAAAAUUCUAUAAAAAUGGCAUCUCCAUUGGGAGCAGCUCAUCAGGAAACAUAAUGGCUCCCACUGUAUCCAAAUCUGAUGAGGGACUUUACAAAUGUAGCAUUGCUGAUGCUGGAGAAUCACCGGAGAGCUGGCUAACUGUUGGAACAGGUCAUCCUACAGUGCCUUACUUAGAGAUCUACCUGGGGCUCUGCAUUGGAUUGGGUGUUUUAUUGGUGGUCAUUCUGCUAAUACUGGUAGUAGUGUUUCAACGUAAUAAACAUCAACAAACCAUCAGAAAUGACACAGAAGAAACUUCUUUGACACCAGGUGCUCAAAAUUCUACUGCCUCCUCUCAGCCUCCCUCUUCUCCACAAACAGUGCCUGCAGUGGUAAGCAGAGCUGAACAAAACAAUGAGACAUAUUCUGUCAUCACAAAACCAAGCAUGACCAAAGAGGACCGUGCACUUGAAUCAGUCCAGAAGACGUAUGCUAUGGUCAGAAAACCCAGCGAUGUGAAAGAGAUGGCAGCUGCGAGCUGGUUGCAGAGAGGUACCAGUCAACGAAUUACUAGCAUGGAUCCGGAUAACUUUUACUGUUCAAUACAAAACUAAAAAUAAAGGAAAUGCUAGUUAUCAGAGUGCCUUUUAUUUCCUUUGGUAAAAGUGGCAUUUAUAUAAAAUAUAAUGAAAUUUUUUUGUGGUUAUUAACACAUUUCAUUCCUUUUGUAUAAACAGUUAAUGUCUAAUUGGUAAAAAGAUGGUUGUUUAUGGAAACUUGCAAACAUCUCACCCUCAUGGUUUGUUUUGUUAAUUAUCUCCAUUCUUCAUCUGAGAGUGAAACUGUCUGCCACCUCACAUCAUCAUGUCUAUUUUUAAGGGUAGCAGUUUU